UAAUAAUACGUAUUUAUAUAAUCGAAGUGUUUUUCUCAUGUUCAUGUUAUAAAAAGUGACUCAUAGUUUAAUUAAAAAUGGCUACAAAUCCCACAAACUCUUAAAUACCUUUGCAAAAAUUGUAUUAUAAAGAGAGAAGAAAAUAUAUCAUCUUUUACAAUAGUUAUAAAAUGGCCAAGUUGAACAAUUUUAAAGAUCAUGUUAAGAUAGCUGAAGAAAAUAUUGUCUGUGGUGAUGCUUUGAAAGAAUACCUUGAACCUAGAUUCGAGUGUCCUAUUUGUUUAACUUGGCUGCGUGAUCCAGUUUUAACAUCUUGUGGUCAUAAAUUCUGUUCGCAAUGUAUAUACACUUGGCUUCAAAAAGAAGGUGCUUGUUGUCCAGUUGAUAGCAAAAGUUUAAAAUCUGAAAAUGAUUUAUUCAGAGAUUUAUAUACAAGCAGAGAGAUAUCACAACAACGUAUACCUUGUCUUUACCAACAAUUUGGCUGUGAGAUUAAAAUGUCCCCAAUGGAUAUGGAAGCACAUAUAAAUGGAUGCUCAUAUAAAAGAAGUCUGGCAGAUUCACAAAGUGUCUAUUGUUCCUUUAAGAGUGUUGGUUGCAUGAAAACUUUUCAUACUGAAGAGGAUUUACACACACAUUUAGAAGGAAAUAUAAAUAUCCAUUUAAUUAUGAUCUUGAACAUAUUAACACAACUAUCUGUUUCAAAAAAUAACGUUAAUGCUAUAGCUACAGAAUCUAAAUUAUGGGAUCCUCCACCAAAAAAUACAACUUCUGUAGAAAAAAAUGAACCACCAUUAGAAUGGCAACACUUAUUAAAGAAUCUAUAUGAAAGGAUAGUGGUGCUGGAACAAGAAAACAAGGAACUAUCUAUAACCAUUUCUAAUUACAAAACUCAACUCACAACUUUGCAAACUUCUUUACGAUUUAGCCAGGAAGAAAUGUCUUUACGUAGUUGUAAUGGAGUUUAUAUUUGGAGAUUACAUUGUUUUCAUGAGAAACUUGAAACUAUGAUGAAUGAUUCGUUAAAAAUGUUUUAUAGUCCUGGCUUUUAUACGAGCCCUAAUGGUUACAAGAUCUGUGCUAGAAUUAAUAUAUCUUCUAAAGAUCCUGAAUCUCUGUCACUCCUUCUGCAUAUAAUGAAGUCAGAAAAUGAUGAUGGUCUAGAUUGGCCAUUCAAUGGAACAAUGUACUUUGUUUUGGUCCACCCAGAUGAUCGGGAGAAAGAUAUACGAGAAAUAACUUCAUCAAGACCAGAUCUUGAAGCAUUUAGAAAACCAAUAUGUGAACUCAAUAAGCGCAGUUUUGGUUAUACAGAAUUUGUGCGAAUACGAGAUUUAUCUGAUUUUUUGGAAAAUGAUUGUUUAAUUUUCAGGAUAGAAGUUCAUGUUUAUGAUAAAUUUAAAAUAUCAGUAUAAUUCAAAAAUGUUCGUGACAUUGGUUUUUUUCCUUGUCUAAAAUUAGAGUCGUUUUUAAGAAAUUUACUAGAAAUUUCCAUCCUUAUGUUAAUAUAACAAGUAAAAAUUCAUAAAAGACAUUUGAGCAUAAUGAAAUGUCUAAUUUACAUAACAAUAUGUUAAGUAUUAUAAUGAUAUUCAUAUUAUGUAUUGUAAUACAUUUUGUAAAAUUAUACAAUCAUUCAGAUAACAAUUCUUUAAAACUUCGAUUUGGCACAAAUGCGUAUCAUUUAACCUGAAACUUGAAUAAUAUAACACAUUCAGGUGCAUUUUUAUACAACCAACGAUUCCACUCCUUGAACGAAUUAUGAGUCAUUGUCAAAUAGAACACAAAAUGGCAAAGUAACUCAGAGUGUAAAUUACACUAAAAACGCUCAAUUUUAGAUGCAGGUAACUCUUGAACCGUUACAUUCCUGAAGUUAAACUGGAAAAUAAACUAAUAAAUGACACAAAAAAAGACUAUAAUUUUGUGUUUCCGAAAGUAAAGUUUAAAUCCGAAACGCAUCCAUUCGGAAUCAUAUAAAUUUGCAUUUUUAUCGAAAAGUACGCACUUGAUUCAAUUGAAUGUCUUAAAGUUGUGCUGAAAAGAAACGUAUUUAUUUUAAUGUAAAAAUCUGUUGUCUUUUUAUAAAUAUUGAAUACAAUCUUUAAUUCACUUUAGAUGUAAAUGAAAUAUUAUGCGUGUUUUAUAAGGAACUGUAAUCCGUCCUAUAAUGUGAUCAAAAUUAAUUCUAUUUAUCUACAAAUAUUUAAUUGAAAUAAAACUUUUAAUUCACAUAUAUAUGUAUUAUACUUAAAAUAUUUUUCCUCGAGAUUUCGGAAACAUAUAACAAUAUAUUUUAGAUACAUACAUACAGUAGCGGACAUAUACCUUUAAAUAUACCAAUUAAUUAAAAAUUUAGUGACCUUAUAGAACUGUUCCGUCCUCCCCGACGUCGAUAAUUUUUGAAUAUGUUAUAGAAAUCAAACUUGUGAAUUUUCCCUUAUGCACAUAACCACCGGUCCCGUUUAAUUUCCAAGCAUUCGUAAAAAAAACUGCUGAUAUCACUACAGUAUAUUUCUGCCUAUGGCUAUCCGCCCGUGGUAUUAUAUACGCCAGUUUGGUCGCCGGGCGUUUAUCUUCUGUUUGUAACCGAGGUUUGGACGAGCGUAAAAAUCCUGUGCAUAAUGUAUAUAAGAGGCUGCAAGAAAUGUCUGUUUCAAUUAAAUUCAAUUAAAAAUGAAUAUAAUCAAUGUAUUAAUUUUAUGAUUAGGAUAAAUUUUCCAAUCCGGCCGCCUCGUGGCGUCCGACAAUACUUAUCAAUAUCUUAAAACGCGCAAAAUUAUAACGAUUACUUUAUCUCGUAAAAUAAUAACAAUUAUUCAUUUGCCUAUUAUUUUUAUAAUUAAUUUGUUAUUAUUAUAUGCAAGCGGCAUAAAAUGAUAUUAAAAUAGAUUUAAAGAUCUACCCCAAACCCAACACAUCGAUGAUUUUCAUCUUUAAGUGAAUUAUGAUGGACAUUUGAGAAGAAUUAAGGAAAGGACAUAUGCAGACAUAUGCAGAAGAGGUAAGAAAUGGAGGGACACAGAUGGAAGCAAGAGAAGAGCAAGGAAGGAUGACAGUAGAUUAUAUUUAUCUACUAUUAUUAUCAAAUUAUAGAAGAAAGAAGAAAGAGAGAAGCAGAAGAGAGGGGGAAAAGGAUAAGGGAAUCCAAAUAUAACAUACAUUAUAGAAAAAUCGCCAAAGACGAGUUACCAAAAUACUUAGAAGGGAGGAUGAAGUGGAAGGACAGAAAAAUAUUAGCAAGAUUCAGAUGUGGAAACGAGACCAAAGCAAGGGAAUACUGGAAAGAAGAGGGAGAAAAAAGUGCAGGCUAUGUAAAAGGAAAGAAGACCUGAGACAUGUAAUAGAAGAAUGCGAAAUAACAGGAGGACCAAAGGACACAGAAAAAAUACUAAACGAGACUGGAGAAGGACUACAUCAAACAUCGAGAUUAGUAAUUUUCAUUUUUAACGUAUUAAACUUCUUCUCCUACGUCAUAUUUCAAAAUUUGUUAACGAUAACUCCCAACAAAUUUACCGCCAUUAUCUUAUUUUAGGUUACUCUACUGUGAAUACGACGAAUGUAAAAAAUAAGAAACAAAGAGAGCAAUUGAGAUACAACAAGACACUUCAUAGAAUUCAUAUUUAGAGCAGUUCAAAAGAAUUGAAAUUAAUUUAACCUUCGUGCUACAGUGCCUGAGUCUCUUCGGACUACUCGACAAACGACAGUAGUUAAUGUUAGAGCGAUAGGAAGCCGAACGUAUCAUCAAAUGACAAAUGUAACAUCAGUAUUCAAAAUAAACGCAUGUACACACACUCA